GCUAUGGAGAGAAUGGUGUAAGUUUAGGGUUAGGGGAAUGUUAUGGUAUGUGUUUUCUUCACAGCUCUAUUGUAAAAAAAAUAAUAAUAAUAAUUUUAAAAAAUGAUGUAAACAAUAAACAGAACACUUAGGUAAAAUUAAGUAGCACUGAACGUUGCUUUAAACACACACUAUGAGAAUGAAUUAUUCAAACCCGGAAUCCGAUUUCCCUGUUUACCCUAUUUAAGUGUGUGUAGUGAGGCAAGUCACUUUGAGAGGAGGUUCAUCGCUUUGCAAAGGCACAAAUUGUAUGAUUAUGUUCUGUUAUGUCAAUUUGUCUGCCCUUAACACCAGUUUGUGGCUAUCCUGUAUUAAUGUGGAAGAUUUAAGUCACGCUUUAAUGCAUAACAUAUGAGGGUAAAAGGAAAUAAAAGUGAUAGGAUAGAAGAUUUUUAUACCAAUAUCCUUUGGACAGACAAGACAAAAGUGGAGCGGUUUGCCAUAAACCAAGUACAGCAAAUUACCACUAAUACCUCUAACAAAUCUUGAAGCAUGCCAGCAGAGAGGUAAAGAUAUAUACAGAAAUAUAAUACCGUCUUUCUAAAGUUUGGCUGAAAUUCCAUCAUAAAGCAGGACAAUGAUACCAGGAUAGUAGUAGUAGUAAAUAUCAAAAAUCUAAGAGCUCUGCAUUAUAGCUGACACCUAGAUGAACACUUUACAGUUGGUUAUAUAACUGUACAUCAUUCCCUUCAAAUGCUAUUGAAGUUAUAAACGUGUUUAACAAUGUCGUAUGUCGCUUUAGAGACGGUCCCUUAAUUUCAACAUAUCUGCGAAUAUCGAACGUCCAACGUCACACCAACUUCAGUUCGAGAACCUGUGCAUUGAAUCUUGUGCGUCAUCUGUGUUUGUUCUUUUUCUUAAAAUUUUUUGUUUAAAAUGUCUCCAAGGUGAUAAAUGCGGUCCAUGGAAUUAUUUUGAACCAAAACACAACAUUGAGUUUCUGCUUCGCGAAAGAACAACUUCACCUCUCUCAACUCACUGUGUUACACUGAAGAAAGUGAUGGAUUUCCGAAGAUUUCUGCUGGAUCUGAAGAACUGGAUCCUGGGUGCAAACCUCCUGCAGGUAAAUGAGCUGGAACAGACUCCACUGUCCUACCCUGAAGAGAGAAAGAUAGACAAACUGCUGAAGAAGCAUGAGUUUAUGGACGAACAGAAGCAGAGGGAGGUGGAAGAGAGAAGGAGGUUUCCUCUGGAGCGCAGACUAAAGGAGCACAUCAUCGGCCAGGAGGGGGCCAUCACUACUGUCGCCUCAGAUGUACACGUGGCUAAAUUGAUCGGUUCUCCGCCGGGGUAUGUGGGCCAUGGGGAAGGAGGUCAGCUCACUAAACAGCUGAAGCAGUGUCCGAAUGCUGUGGUGCUCUUUGAUGGGGUGGAUAAAGCGCACCCCAACAUCCUCAAUAUCAUGCUGCAGCUCUUCGAUGAGGGACGUCUGACGGAUGGGAAAGGGGAAACCAUUGAAUGCAAGGAUGCCAUCUUCAUCAUGACCUCCAAUGUGGCUAGUGAUGAAAUUGUCCAGCAUGCACUGCAGCUCAGACAGGAAACCCAGAAGCAGAGUCGCCGCCGUCUGGAAGACAGUCUAAAUGAGGAUCAGCAGAGUGAGAUCACCAUCUAUGAUGAUUUUAAAGAGGAAGUGAUUCGGCCCAUACUGAAGGCCCAGUUCAGACGCGACAAGUUUCUGGGACAGAUUAAUGAAAUCGUUUACUUUCUGCCUUUCUGCUACACGAAGCUCAUUCAGCUCAUCGACAAGGAGCUCAACUACUGGGUUAAAAAGGCCAAACAGAAUCACAACAUCACCCUGCUGUGGGAGCGAGCCGUGCUGGAGCUGCUGACUCGAGGAUACAACCUCCACUACGGCGCUUGCUCUAUCAAACACGAGAUGGCUCUAAAUCAGCGCUGCUCUGGUUUUGUAGGUGGAGCGUGGGUGCUGAAGCAGUUAGCUGCAGCGUACAAGCAAAUGCUCCUCCCUAAAGGCUGCACACUCCUCCUCACUGUGGAUGGAGAACUGGGAGACGAGAAGAAGGGACGAGCGAGUCCUUCUCUCCGCCUAGAGCUAGUGGAUAAAGACCGCAAAACACGAAAGCUUGAAAUCCGUAAACCGCCAAAGCUGCAUUUACAUACAUUCUAAAUACAUAAAAUUCAUUUAGCCAUUAGCUAUUCUAAAUACAUUUAGAUACAUUUAAAUGCAUUCUACAUUCAUUUAAACGCCAUAGUUAAAACAGUGUUUUAUUAAAAUCAUUAAAUCUCAUUAAAAACCGUUAAAGCUGCAUUUAAUCUCUCUCUCUCUCUCUCUCUCUCUCUCUCUCUCUCUCUCUCUCUCUCUCUCUCUCCCUCUCUCUCCUCUGAUUCCAUGUACAGCUGGUUAGUGUUAGUGUACAUGUCAAUAGAACUGAAUUGAAUUGAGUUGAGUUAAAUUGAAAGAGGGAGAGAACCCGACAAGGAGAACGGGCACAUGCGCUUGUUCGGUGACCCGGACUGCGCGAGACCACGCUGCUCAAAUUCAUCAACCUUCAUUAACAAAAACGGAAUUAAUCAGAAUUACUGAUCAUUAUUUCCGUACCUGAUUGUUCUUUCUUUUUCCGACUUUUUCCAGUGGAAACAAAUUUUACAGCAUUUACUCUGAUUGAACAUCUGUAAACAUUACACUUCCUAAAUGCAUGUUUAUUUAUAUUGAACGCCUCUGUAAUAAAUUCGACAUUAUAA